AUGUCUAACAAAAUUAAACCUGAAAUUAUUGAUAAUUCAAAUGAGAUGAUUAAUAUAAUUGAUGAAGCUAUUACAAAAAAUUACCUUAAAUAUUAUGAAUAUAAUCAUUUCUAUAAUAUUCAAGAAAUUGGUUUCAGAAGGUUCGGAAAAGUUUAUCGCGCAAACUAUAGAAAUUCUUUUAAUGCUAAUCAUAAAACAGAAUUUAAAUUAAAAAAUGAAAUAAUAUUAUCAAAUCAAAGUGAUAAUUCAAAAAAGUAUCUAUUAGUAAUGGAAUAUGCUGAUGAUGGAACAACGCAUCAUUUGAACUCUAACAAUGUAUUAGUUCGUCAAGGUAUUAUCAAAUUAUCAGAUUUCGGAUUAUCAAAAGGAAUUGAAGGAUCGUUCAAUCUUCAAUCAAAAUUAUUUGAUAUGGUUGUUUACGUUGAUCCAAAAGUUUUUGAUCAAAUAAGAUACAACUAUUACCAAUUGCAAACAUACUCUUUAAAUAAAAGGAGUGAUAUUUAUAGCAUUGAAAUAUUACAGGGUCUUAGAGAGAAACUUUUUCUAAUACUCGAAGAUUAUUUAAAAAUUUAUACUGAAUGUUGGGAUAAUGAGCCAGAUAAUCGACUGACUACCAACGAUGUUAUUACUAAAUUAAAUACAAUUAUUUCAAAUCAAUUAUCAAGUGAACAUCAAAUUAUUCAAAAAUUUUGA